AUGACGUCGGUCAAAGUGGCCGUACGUGUACGACCAUUUAAUACACGUGAACGAAAUCGUCAAUCGAAAUGUAUCAUCCACAUGAAUCAAAAAGAACAAACAACAUUUAUAAGAAAUCCUAUUGAUGAUUCUGUUAAAAAUUAUAAAUAUGAUUAUUCAUAUUGGUCAUGUGAUGAAGAUGUAAACAAUCAAACAUUUGCUACACAAGAACAAGUUUAUCAAAAUUUAGGCAUUGAAAUGUUAGAACAUUCAUUUGAAGGAUAUAAUGUUUGUAUAUUUGCGUAUGGACAAACGGGUGCUGGUAAAUCUUAUACGAUGAUGGGUAAAAAUGAAUCUAAUCAACAAGGUAUUAUUCCAAGACUAUGUGGUGAUUUAUUUAAUCGAAUAAAAUCUUCAUCGUCAAUAUCAUCGCCAACAUCUAUUACUCAUGUAAAACCGCAUUAUACAGUAGAAGUUUCAUAUAUGGAAAUCUAUUGUGAACGUGUACGAGAUUUACUUUCGCCAAAAAAAUCUCAAACAACUGGUGUGGGUAGUUCACAUAAUUUACGUGUUCGUGAGCAUCCUAUUAUGGGACCAUAUGUUGAAGAUUUAUCUCGUCUACUCGUUACAUCUUAUGAUGAUAUAUCACGAUUAAUUGACGAAGGUAAUAAAGCACGAACAGUAGCUGCAACGAAUAUGAAUGAAACAUCAAGUCGAUCACAUGCUGUAUUUACAAUUUUAUUUUCUCAAUCUACACAUGACUUCAAAACCGAUUUAACAACUGAAAAACAAUCAAAAAUUUCUCUAGUAGAUUUAGCUGGUAGUGAACGAGCUGAUUCAACUGGUGCAACAGGCGAUAGAUUAAAAGAAGGAGCAAAUAUUAAUAAAUCAUUAACAACACUUGGAAAAGUUAUCGCAGCACUUGCUGAAAUGAGUUCAAGACAUCGUAAAUUACGUUCAGAGAAAAAAAUUGAUUUUAUACCGUAUCGGGAUUCAAUACUAACAUGGUUACUAAAAGAAAAUCUUGGUGGUAAUUCUAAAACAGCUAUGAUUGCUGCGAUUUCUCCAGCUGGCAUCAACUAUGAAGAAACUCUUUCAACUCUUCGAUAUGCUGAUCGAGCGAAAGCGAUUGUUUGUAAAGCAGUUAUUAAUGAAGAUGCCAAUGCUCGACUUGUACGUGAUUUGAAAGAAGAAAUAAUAAAGUUAAAAGAAUUAUUGAAACAUGAAGCGGGCAUCGAUUUAUCGCCUGAUGGUGCUUCUAUUCCAUUUUCAUCGACAACAAAUACUGCCAAACAUCACCGUCUUAAAUCAACAUCAUCACAAAGUAGUGAAGAUGCUUUAGAACGUUUAAAAGAAAAUCAAAAACUAAUGGAUUCAUUAUGUAUGUCAUAUGAAGAAAAACUUAAAAAGACAGAAAAAAUUAUGGCUGAACGUGAAGCUACUUUUCAUGAACUAGGUCUCUAUUCAAAGAAUGAUGGCAAUGCUGUAGGUAUUUUUACCCCGAAAAAUUCUCCACACCUUGUAAAUCUCAAUGAAGAUCCAUUAAUGUCUGAAUGUUUAAUGUAUUUUAUUAAAAAUGGUACUACUCGUGUCGGUCGUUCCGAUGCACCAGUUCAUCAAGAUAUUGUUCUGUCUUGUACACACAUUGAACCUGAACAUUGUAUAAUAACAAAUUCGCAAAAUGUUGUCCAUUUAAAACCUUGUAGUCAAACCGCUAUGUGUUAUGUUAAUGGAAAAAAAGUUGAUGUGAAUAUAAACGUUGAAUUGACAUCUGGAUCUCGUGUUAUCUUUGGUAAAUCUCAUGUUUUUCGUUUUCUUAAUCCUGAACAAGCAAGAAGAAAAACUGCUAAAGUAGAAUCCAUUGGUGAAGCAACUGAUUGGAAUAGUGCCAUACAGGAAUUAUUAGAAAAGCAAGGUGUUGAUAUAAAACAAGAAAUGGAAAAAAAACUAGUAGCAAUGGAAGAAGCAUUUAAACGAGAAAAAGAAGAAGCCGAUCGCCUUUUACAAAAACAAAAACUUGAAUAUGAAUCUAAAAUAAUUGAAUUACAAAAGCAAGUAAUGGAAACAUCAAUGAGCCAGUCAAUGCUUUCAUCGAUUUUAUCAUCAUCUGAUCUAAUUGAUCCAACAUUAUUGCGACAAGAUACACUUCAAGAAGAUCUCAAUGGCCCUGACAAUGAUGCAUUUAGUUCUUGCUCUUGGUCGGAGCGAACUUAUCAAUUGGUUUGGUGGGCAUGGAAAAAAUGGCGUUUUCAUCGGUUAACAUCAUUACGAGAUCUUUUGUGGGGCAAUAGUGUUUAUUUAAAGGAAGCCAAUGCUAUUAGUGCUGAAUUACGUAAACGUGUUCAAUUUCAAUUUGUUCUUCUAACCGAUACACUUUAUUCUCCUUUACCAACUGAUUUGUAUCCAUCACCGUCGAAACUACCUUCACAUACAAUUGUAGCGAUUGAAGUACAAGAUUUAAAAAAUGGUGCUGUACAUUAUUGGUCAUUAGAAAAAUUCCGAUCUCGUCUCGAAAUCAUGCGUCAUAUAUACAAUUGUGAACAAAUUUCGAUUCCACGUGCAAUUAGUUAUAAUGAUAUGAGCGAUUCAUCGUCACAACAUAUUUUUAUGAAAAGUGAUUCUCAAAAUUCAAGUUUUGACGAUACAAUUCCAUCUACAACAGCAAAAGGAAAAUUUGAUUUUUCGACUAAUGCCAGACAACGACUAGAAUUAAUGCGUGAAAUGUAUUCAAAUGCUGCUGAUCAUUCACCAACAUCACCCAAUCAAAGUAUGGACUCGUUAGUCACUGAUGAAAUAUCAAUUCAAGCUGAUCCAUUCUAUGAUCGGUUUCCUUGGUUUCGACCCAUUGGAAGAGCAUUUGUGUAUUUGACUAAUCUUCUUUAUGGUUUACCGUUAGUUCAAAAUGUUGCUAUUGUAUCUGAACGAGGUGCUAUAAAAGGAUAUUUAAAAAUUGCGAUACAACAAUUACAAACAUCAAUGUCGUCAUCAACAGAAGAACCAAACAGUGAACAAAUUAAAUUAAUGAAAAUCUAUAAAAAUGCUAAUGGAAUGACAAAAAUUGCUUUCGAUGAUGAAACAUAUUUCAAAGAAAUAAGAACUUCGUCGUCGUCAAUCGAUUUAAUAAAAUCAAGUGAUUCCUUAGAUAUUAACUUUCGUUACGUUGAAGGACAAUCACAAUGUGGGCUCAAUGAUCUUGUUCAACAAAAGUCUACUAUAGAUUCUUUACCUGCGUACAUUCAAAAUAAAGAACUAUCGAUGAUGACUACAAGUGAUAUUCCAUCAAAUGAAUUAUUACAACAGUUAGGUAUCGAAUAUCAAUUUCGUGUAAUAAUCUUAGAAGCAUCGAAAAUUCCAAUUGAAUAUGAAGAUAUUUUUUGUCAAUUUAACUUUCUUCAUCAACAUCACGAAGCUUAUUCAACAGAACCAAUUAAAAAUCAAGGCAAAUCUAGUGGAUCACUUGGUUUUUCUCAUAUACAAAAUUUCAGCGUUAUUGUUACUUGUUCAUUUAUUGAUUACCUUCGUUCGAAACCAAUCAUCUUCGAAGUUAUGGGUCAUUAUCAAGAACAUGCAAAUCCCACACUCAACACUCUAACAACGACUUGUUCACCAAUAGCUAGCACAAUAGUCAAAGCCUUUUCAAAACCGAUACCUGCACAAACACUAAACCCGAUGACACCUAUCAGUAUAAUCAAUAAAAUUCAUGCUAUUCAUGAUCUUCUUGUUUGGUAUGAAAUCUUUGAAUUAUCACUAACUGGCGUAUAUGCUCCUGUUACCGUUGAUCAUUGUGAUGAUUUACCAUGUUCCAGUCGAUUUAUUCUUCAUCAAGGUAUUCAACGUCGUAUUGGAAUAACAUUAUGUCAUGAAACAAAUCCAGAAAUUAUUUGGAAAAGUGUUCGUGAAGUUGUUGUUGGUCGAAUUCGUAGUCAACAACAUUCUGUCUUUGAUGAAACUGAUGGCCAAAUACUUUCCUUAAACAUCCUGUCAUCUCAUUAUAUUCAAAAACAACAUGAUAAUCGAACAUUUUUUCAUUUUGAAGUUGCUUGGGAUUCAUCAUUACAUAAUUCGUUAUUACUUAAUCGUUGUACAUCGAAUGGCAGUUCAGUUUAUUUAACGAUAUCAUCGUAUAUUGACAUUGAGCAUGUCGGUCAGUCAGUGAUAAUAACAAAAGAUCUUUCCGUUGUUUUAUAUCCACGUAGUGAAGAUUCAGCAUCACGUAUUCGUUCAUCAUUGAAAAACUUUUUUCUAUCAACUAGUUCAACAACACGAUUACCAAUGAACGAUGAUCAUUCAAAUUCUAUUGCAGCUAUUUAUGAAUUGAAAUUAAGAAAUGCUUCAAUAUUAAAUUCAAUAACACAAGAUUUACCCAAUCUAAGUCCUGGUGUUCAACGACGACAACGAAAAGUAAUUGAUACCUCAAAAAUCUAUGUACGUGGAGAAGAAAUGUUACAUGGUUGGAGACCAAGAGGUGAUUCAUUAAUUAUUGAACAUCAGCAAGAUUUAGAAAAAUUAUAUAAAAUCGAAUGUGUUGAACAUACAAGACAUUUUAUACAAUGUAAACAUUUGUUACAACUACCCAAUGAUAUUUCAUCCGAAAAAAAUCAUAGUUCAAUAAAGAAUUCAACAGUUUCAUUGAAUGAACAUCAACAAGAAUUAAUUCGUCGUUGUUUGAGAAUGAUGGCGCCAUCACUACCAGCCAUAUCCAAAUUGGCUAUUUCCGAUAUUGAAGUCACAACCGAUCGUCAUUCAUUGGAUGAUACUCAUAGUAGCCAUUGUUUUGUUAAAUCUUCAUCCUCAUCUACAAUUGAUACACAACCCUCAACCGUAAUCAAAAUAAAUAUGACAAAUUCCGUUAUUAAACCAUCCUCAAGUGGUUCGGGUCUCACAAAACUUUCUCAUUUGAACCCAUCAAGUUCAAUAUCAGCGGAACAUUAUGCUGAUAGUAUUCAUGGUUUCACAUCAUACAAUAUGUCAAAAUCUCGUUCUAUGGAAAGUUUAGCGAAUGUACCGAGUAUGGCACUAAAAUAUAUUCUAUCGAUUGAAGAAGUUAAUAUAUCAUCAGCUGUAUUACGUCGCGGUUAUUUAAAAUUUUUAGAAGAAAAAGGAACAGAUUGGAUGAAAAAAUUUGUUAUUAUACGACGUCCUUUUGUAUUUAUACAUAAUCAUGAAAAAGAUCCUGUUAUAAGGGAUUUCAUAAAUUUAGGAACAGCUCGUAUUGAAUUUAACGAUGAAGAAUCAACAAAUGGAACACGAAGUGCUCGAAAUACAUUUUCUGUUGUUUCGAAAUAUCGUGGUUUUCUUAUUCAACCAUUAGCUGAAAAAGAUGUUCACGGUUGGCUCUAUGCUUUUAAUCCAUUACUUGCUGGACAAAUCAAAUCUCGAUCAUCAAAUCGAUCGAAAGGAAACAUAAGUUGA